GUAGUUCAGUUUGUUUAAAUGCGCAGUGAUGCGCAGUUAGGAAGUAUAUGACCGUGUUGAGACAAGACUUCCACAACGGCUCUAUCAACAGCCGUGAAGGCGUACCUGGCCCACAGACUCGCCCGCUGGGCUGUCCCGGUCCAGGAGAGUGGAGAUAUGUCGAUACGGGCGGCGGUUUAUCGCCUUGUGCAAAAUGGUCGGGUCGUACUACGCUCAUUGCAAAAUAAGCCCUACCACUCAAACGGAUACGUAUAUAAACACAGCAACAAGAUACACGUUGCAGGGGCGGGCGAGUCCCUUCCUUGCCGGAAUAGCGGCAAUGUGUCAGGCACAGGGAGGCAUCUCAGUUACUUGGGAACGCACGCUCGGCGUAUUUUCGUCGACAACAUCUUAAAGAGGGUAACGAACAGUCUCGCGGCUGAUUUGCGAAGACGCGCGGCAAGCAGGCUCGUAUUUGGCGAUUCCGCGCCAUUCUUCGCCCUUGUCGGUAUAUCAUUAGCAUCAGGCACCGGCAUAUUGACCAAGGAUGAUGAACUGGACGGAGUAUGCUGGGAAAUUCGAGAGGCGGUUUCUAAAUUACGCUGGAAUAUGCCGCAAAAUGACAAGAAUUACGAAACUAUUCCGACCGAGGAGAAUGCCGUGUCUUUACGAAACCUGGUGGUCGGGCCCAUCAUCGCUAAAGGUUGUUCCGCGGCUGUUUACGCAGCACGAUUCGUUGAUACCACAUCGGAGGAGAAUGACAGCCCGCUCAGUAUUAACACCGACACGAAAGAUAAAAGUGCAUUCCCGUUCGCUGUGAAAAUGAUGUUCAAUUAUGAUGCGGAAUCUAACGCUGCUGCUAUUCUGAGAGUCAUGUACAGGGAAACAGUGCCUUGUAGAAAGCAUUAUGGAAGCGACAGUAUGAUUGAUUGGGAGCGAAAAUUGGCGGAAAAUCAAGCGACGCUGCCACCUCAUCCAAACAUCGUGGCUAUGUAUAACGUCUUUGCUGACAGAAUACCGAUACUACCUGAUUCCUUGGGAAUGUAUCCCGAUGCUUUACCAGCCAGAAUUAAUCCUCACGGAUCGGGCAGGAAUAUGAGUCUGUUUUUGUUAAUGAAAAGGUACGAUGUUACAUUGAAACAGUACUUAAUAAGUCGUAGUCACGACGAUGUCAGCACACGUGUAUCGAUACUGUUGCUCGCCCAACUGCUGGAAGCGGUAGCUCAUAUGAAUACAAACGGCAUAGCUCAUCGAGAUCUGAAAAGUGACAAUGUCUUGCUCGAUUUGUCGGAAGAAACUGAUAAUUGUCCGUCUCUGGUUGUCACGGAUUUUGGCUGCUGUUUGGCCGAUAAAAAUCAUGGACUGUAUUUGCCUUACUACACUCACGAUACCGAUAAAGGCGGCAAUAUCGCACUAAUGGCACCAGAGGUGAUAACAGCAGUACCAGGACCUUUUACUAAAAUAAAUUACACAAAAGCGGACUUAUGGACGGUUGGAGCUAUAGCGUACGAGAUAUUUGGCACGAAAAACCCGUUCCAGGGUGAAAAAAGCGAAGUUACUUUAAAGAACUAUAGUUACACCGAAAGUGAACUUCCCAUGCUUCCCGAUAAUGUGUCACCUAUUAUUAAUGCUGUUAUAAAAAAUGCAUUGUCGAGAAGUUUAUACAAGCGAUUGGAUACGCAACUUGCGGCAACCAUAGUGCAAUUGUAUCUGUGGGCACCUAGUUCGUGGCUAAAAAAUUUGGGUCAAUUACCAUCUAAUAACGAGAUCAUGCAAUGGCUUUUGUGCUUGACCACAAAGAUUCUUUGCGAAGAACGAAGCGCAGAUGGAAUGGAUCUGUUACAUGAGUCGCCCAGCAGCACAAAACGUGGUAUUGGUAGAAACCACGUGUAUCAACAAACGUAUUUGACACGUUCUUGUGGAAGGCGUACAAUGCCCGAGUAUCAAUUAAUUGCAAGCUUCCUUAGCAGGGUAACACUCGGUAAUGUUAGAAACGCGUUAAAAUGGAUACAGCAAAACGUAUAAUCAAGAGUGAUGUAAUUUCGUAUUUCGAUCAAAAGGCGCGAAAUACCAUCGAAAUUUCACACAUAUGGUUAGUAGUUUUCGGGAUAUCGAAUAUAUAGGAGAUAGUGGAAGAAUGUCGGGGAAGAUAUUGUGGAGUAUGUUUUCUAUUUAUUAUUUUCAACUUUAUUAUUAUUGUUACUUUCAUAUUUAAUUUCCGAUAUUCGGUUUUGAUACUUCGCAAAGCACAAAAGGGUAGAGAUUUUUAAUCAAUGCGUAUAAAUAUAAAUUAUAUAAAUUAUAUAAAUUGAUUUCAUAGAAAUAUCAGCGAGCAUAAACCCUUUUGUGAUUCUAGUGCCUUAUAAUCAAAGAAAAAUUAAUACUUAUAUAUGUGAUUUUUAUGAAUUUAAUUUAUAUACUAUGCUCACACGAUUUAUUUCAUUGGCAAUCAUAUGCGGAUGGAAGAAAGAGAAGAAAGAAAGGGCUACAUUAGAAAAAGUUAGUUCUAAACAAUACUAUAAUUGUAUACUUCAAAUGUAGAACAUGUAUUA